GCCUCUAUUAAAUGGCGGCGGCCUCGGCGGCUGAUGGUGUUUAAAGAGUCACUUAAAUUCUUGUCAGGUAGUCUUGGCAACAUGGCUGAAGAAGGAGUUAGUGUAUCUCCUGGAGCUGAUCAAGGAGAAAUGAGUGACUUAACUGAUUUAAGUGUGACAGAGGAAAAUAAAAAGUCCAAUCCCGCAACUGAAACUCAGGUGGAAACGGAUGAGCCUGGGACUGAUGUGUAUCGAUACAUCAAGGGUGAUCUUUUUACUUCUGAGAUUUACAAGAUAGAAAUUCAAAACCUCCCAAAGUUUGUAAGCUUCAGUGAUUUGCGAAAAUUCCUCAGCAAAAAUAAUCUGGUUCCUCAUAAAAUUAAACUGUUUGGUAAACAACCUUUUGCAUUUGUGACUUUUAAAGAAGAGAAAGAUCGAGAUCAAGCCAUGGAAGUUCUUCAGGGUCAAGUGUGGAAAAACAAGAACUUGCAUGUCCGAUUAGCUAAGCCAAAAGCAGAUCCAAUUGCCAAAAAACGAAAGCAGGAGGGGACUGAGAAUGGUGAUCCUGAGCUGAAACGUCCUGUUCCAGUGGAAAUUUCAGAUAGACCGUUAAGUGAACAGAUUGCAGAUGUUGUGACGCCUUUGUGGAACAUUCCAUACGAAGAGCAAUUGAAAAAGAAAGAGCAAAAUGUCUUGCAAGUCUUGGGAAUGUUGACCACUGAAAUAGUAGCCCACAAUCGAGCUUUUGUGCCCUGGGUUUUUCAACAGAAAAAGACGCAUGGUGGAAUCUGUUGCCCUUUAGAGGGAGUGAAGCCAUCGCCAGUGCAGAGUGAAUACCGCAACAAGUGUGAGUUUCUAAUUGGCGUUGGAGCAAAUGGAGAAGAUAAAACUGUUGGAUGUCGCUUGGGUAAAUACAAGGGAGGAUCAUGUGCUGUUGUAGAGCCAUUUGAUACUGUUCAUAUUCCAGCCCAAACAAAGGAAGUUGUCAAGGCAUUUCAGAAGUACCUAAGGUCAUCUCCUUAUUGUGUGUAUAAUCCAGAAACUUAUGAAGGUUACUGGAAGCAGUUGACUGUACGCAUUUCCAGAGCCAAGCAAAUUAUGGCCAUUGUUUACUUCAACCCUCAGAAAUUAAAGAAAUCGGAACUAAUGGAGGUACAAGGCGAAUUAGCCAAAUAUUUCACAGAAGGUGAAGGGAAAGAUUGUGGAGUAACAUCACUUUACUUCGCAGAAGAAGGUCAGAGAAAAUCCCCCAACCUGGAAGACUUGCCUUUGGACCACGUACAUGGAGACAAGUACAUAUAUGAAGAGCUCCUGGGACUUAAUUUCAGAAUUUCCCCUCAUGCAUUUUUCCAGGUGAACACCCUUGCUGCAGAAGUGCUUUAUUCUGCAGUGGGAGACUGGGCUGAUCUUAAUCAGGACAGCACCGUGUUAGAUGUUUGCUGUGGCACAGGAACUAUUGGGCUUUCUCUGGCAAAGAAUGUGAAGAAAGUCAUUGGAAUUGAGAUGUGUCAAGAAGCCAUCGAAGAUGCGAAAGUGAACACAGAACUAAAUGGUCUGUCCAAUGUGGAAUUCUUGUGUGGCAAAGCUGAAGACCUCUUUCCGACUGUAAUUAAUUCUUUAACGUCACAAAACUUGGUUGCUAUUGUGGACCCACCCAGAGCAGGACUACAUUCCAGAGUUGUGCUAGCAAUAAGAAGAGCAGAACACUUGAAGCGGCUGAUUUAUGUUGCUUGCAAUGCUCGAGCGGCAAUGAACAAUUUUGUGGACCUUUGCCGUGCCCCAUCUCACAGAGUGAAGGGAUCUCCUUUCCGUCCUGUUAAGGCCUUAGCUGUCGAUCUCUUUCCACAUACAAUGUAUUAUGAGCUGUUAAUAUUGUUUGAGAGAGUGGAGUGUUAGAACUGAUCAUGGCUAAAGCUUGUAUGAAUUCAGUAGUUUUAGCACUACAAUCAGGAAAUUGUAUGAAUUAUUUCAAAUGGCAUUUCUUGUGUUGGUAUUUUAAUUACUUACUGUGCAUAAUGUUUUAACUAAAACAGUAAUGUGACUGCAAUCAUUAAAAAACAAUUAGAAUUUUUCUCUGAAUUGUUUAGUAUGUAUUUCCCUCCUCACGUGAAUUUAUCGGAACUAAAUAAAGCCUGGUCAGUA